AUGAGUCUGUGUUCAGGAACUGUGUACAUCUUCAAUUACCAGUCACAGAGCACGAUAAAGUCUUUUGAGGUCUCUGAUUUGCCAGUUCGGUUAGCAAUGUGGGAGUGCCGGCGACGAAGCCCAGCUCAGAACUUACCAGAACCCCACCCGAGGCUGACGACGAUUGAGGCUCUGGUGUGCCGGAAAUUGGGCGACCCGACACAACCCAUAUCAGACGGAGAUGCGGAGAAAGCGAUCAUUGUGGAGAAGAACCACCCAAUUCUAGAAUUGGGUUCUCCGACAUCGGUAAGAGUGAAAGUGAAAGCUACGAGCUUGAACUACACCAAUUAUCUGCAGAUAUUGGGCAAGUACCAGGAGAAGCUGCCCCUCCCUUUCAUACCAGGCUCCGACUACUUCGGGACCGUCGACGCCGUUAGACUUGCCGUAUCCAAGUUCAAAUUUGACGACCUUGUUUGCUCUGUUGCCGCCCUCGGCUCUUUCACCCAAUUCAUCGUCGCCGAUCAGGAAGAGCUGUUUGGAGUGCCGGAAAUGUGUGAUUUGGUGGCUGCCGGUGCACUGCCUUUUGCAUUUGGGACCUCGCACGUGGCACUUGUUCAUAGGGCCAAUUUAUCCUCCAGUCAAGUAUUGCUGGUUCUUGGUACAGCUGGAGGAGUUGGCCUUGCGGCCAUACAGAUUGGCAAGGUUGUGGGAGCCAUUGUUAUCGCCGUAGUUAGGGGAGCUGAAAAGGUGAAGUAUUUGAAGCAAUUGGGGGUUGAUCAUGUGGUGGACUUAAGCAGCGAAAAUGUUAUCCUAAGUGUGAAGGAUUUCUUGAAAUCCCGAAAGCUUAAAGGGGUUGAUGUUUUGUAUGAUCCGAUUGGAGGCAAGCUUACGAAAGAGGCCAUGAAGGUUAUGAGUUGGGGAGCCAACAUCUUGGUCAUAGGUUUUGCAAGUGGAGAGGUUCAAACAUCGUGUUGCUACGCCUUGUCCCCUUUAUGCGUGCGUAGAAGAAGAGUCGGCAUUAAAGAUUUGAUGAGAGAGAAAGCUCUGUAA